CGUGCCGGAUCACACAUGCGAGCAAUCGCGCUCCUAAACCGUCCUCCAGCUCUCGCCGGGCUCUACUCUACCUAUCUUUUAAGGCCCCUGCGCCCUCCAAAACCCUCCGAAACCCUAGCCAUGGCGAAAUCCCUCGACGAAAAUGACGUCGGCAUCUCCUGCUACGUCUCCUCUCUCCCCGGCUUCCGUGGCGUCUUGAAGCAGAGAUACUCGGAUUUCAUCGUUAACGAGGUAGAUCUUGAUGAAAAGAUCGUUCAUCUCACCUCCUUCGAUCUCCCCCCUGAAUGUACGGAAGUGAAAGAAGAAGAAAAUCCUCCAACGAGUGGCAAAGAUUGCGCCAGCGAGGUUGAAUCAUUUCGAUCCCUUUGCGGUGACCACGAUGCUGAAGCACUGAAAGGACUUCUUGAGAAGAUCUUGUCUGGGGUAGAAGGUGAUAUCGCACCAAUUGUUCUUUCUCCAGAUUCUGAUAAGUCUCAUCGUGCGGAAGUUCAUAACUUCUUCAAGAAGAAUUUCAAGUUCUUGGUCACGGAUACUGUCGAAGGAUCAGAAGGGGGUUCAAAAUGCAUAAGGGUCAGAUUCUGCUCAGUGCAGGGCGGAGGUCGUAGCAGGAGAGGGAAGAAGAGGAAAAAUAUGGGUGAUUCGGAUUUGAAAGACGUCAUGCCCUUUGAUAGCAGAGGCUCGGACAACUGGCCUGAGAAUCUCGGCAAGUUUCUAAGGUUUCAUCUUUAUAAGGAGAACAAGGACACCCAAGAGGCUUUAGGAGUUAUUGGCAAGAUGCUAGGUUUUCAGCAACGUUCAUUUGGGUUUGCUGGUACAAAGGAUAAACGCUCCGUAUCAACUCAAAGGGUUACCAUAUUCAAGCAGCACGCAGAAAGGUUAGCUGCUCUGAACGGCAGAUUGUUUGGUAUUAAAGUAGGAGACUUUUGCUAUGUGAGGGAAGGGCUUGUUCUUGGUCAGUUAUUUGGAAAUCGCUUCACUAUUACUUUGAGAGGUGUUGUUGCAGAUUCUGAAGAUACCAUAAAAGAAGCUGCCAAUGGCUUGGGAAGGAAUGGGUUUAUUAAUUAUUAUGGUUUACAGCGUUUUGGAAGUGGUUCAGUACCAACCCAUCUUAUUGGAGCAGCACUGCUUCGAGGAGAGUGGAAGGGUGCUGCAAAUCUGAUCCUUGAUCCAAGGGAAGGAGAACGUGAUAUCAUAAGGGAGGCUCGGGUGUCUUAUAAGGAACAUGGUGAUAUUGAUUUGAUACUAAAGAAGUUGCCUCGCCAUUUGGUUGCUGAGAGGGCUAUUCUUCAAUUCUUAAAGAAAUGCCCUGGUAACUAUCUGCAGGCACUGAAGGCUAUACCCAGAACCCUGAGAAUGAUGUAUGUGCAUAGUUACCAAAGUUACUUGUGGAACCAUGCAGCUAGCAGGAGGGUGCAAAAGUAUGGGAUUUCACAGGUUGUACUAGGAGAUUUGGUAUUUUGUAAAGAAAGCUCUGCUAGGGAAGUAGCUGCUGUUGACAGCUCUGAACCUGAAGAUGAUUGCAGUGAUCCAUAUAACUGCCUACCUGAUACAUCUGAAGAAGCAGUUCCUGAAGAAAAAGUUCAGUCUGUGAAGACUGUUGAUUCUGAAGAUCUUCUUAAAGCAAUCUAUACAUUUGAAGAUGUUGUACUGCCUUUGCCUGGUUCAAGAAUUCUCUAUCCAGCAAAUGACAUUGCUGAUGUGUAUCAUGACAUGGCAAAGAAGGAUGGCAUCAGCUUGACAGAGAGUGUACACAGUGCCAAGGAAUUUUCGAUUACUAAUAUGAGGGGAGGUUACAGGCAGGUAUUCCAGCGCCCGAUUGAUUAUGUAUGGGGAUUGUUAUCAUAUACAGAUGACACUGUUCCCUUGGCAGAGACUGAUUUGGAUAUCAUACAUAAAAGAAAACCUGCUGAUCUGAUCAAGGAAGAACUGCAUGCCAAUGGGAACUUAGGAAGCCAAAGUAAUGAUUUUGAAUCACAGGGUUCAGUAAGCAACCAUGUGGCUCAGGAUGGAAGCGAGGGUGGGUCAUUACAAGUUGAGUCCAUUUGCAGCUCUGAUGCUCAGCCAUCCAAGUUGGCUCUAAAAUUAGGAUUUACUCUGCCAGCUUCCUCCUAUGCCACAAUGGCUAUAAGGGAGUUGCUGAAAAUGUCAACUUCGGUUGCUCAUCAGAAAACAAUGAACCCUUGAGCUUGAAUAUAACCCCCUAAUUUUGCAUGGGUGUUAAAAAAUUUUGGAAUCUUAUUUUGAGGUUGAAUUACAGUGAGACUCUGACAGUUUAUCCAAGGACCCAAUAUGCAUGGCAAGUUCCGAACAAUAGUGGAUUGACAUUUGGUUUAUCAAGCACAACAUAAAUGAAGCCAAGUAAGUUUUCUGGUCACCAAGAUUGGCGAGACCCCAUCAUCUGUAUCAAGAGCAGAUUUCUUCUGCUUCGCAUCAAGUAAUCAACUAGUGCACAAGGGAAAAACUAAAAUUGCUUUUUCAGUAUGGUUAAUGGUUUUGGGUAUAUUUUUGUGCUUUUGGCUGAUUAAUAAUGUACCAUGGAAUUAGUUCUCUGUCAAAGUAAAGAUUGCAUUGCGACAACAUUCAGGGUUGUUCAAGAGACAGGCCUAGAAUGGGUGCGUUGAUAUGAUCUUACAUGCAAUAUUGCAUACUGCUGCUUUGCCUUUGCCCUUGGGUUA